AUGGGUGCCCUCAGCCAUGGCAGCGAGAGGGGAAAUUCACCACCAAUCUUCCUCCCACUCCUCUUUCUCUCCCCAACCCUCUCAGAGGUGCCCCAGAUGCCCCUGCUGAGGCUCCUGUUCUGGAGAGGGUUCAAAGGUCAUUGCUACAGAUUCUUCCCCAUCAACAUGACCUGGGCCGAAGCCGACCUGCACAGCUCUCAGUUCACUGUUGGCAGGAAAUCUGCCAAGCUGGACUCCAUUCACGACUGGAAGGAGGAUGUCUUUGAUGACCUGGUGAACAGCUGUGUUCCUGACAUCCCAGCCAACAUCUGGAUGGGCCUUCAUGACCACAGGCAGGAAGGAUAAUUUGAAUGGAUGGAUGGUUCUCCUCGGCUCAGUUACUGGGACAGGAGUCAGUCUGGUGAUGGCAUCCAUACAGACCCAGAAGAAGACUGUGUGCAGAUGUGGUACCCACCCAGUAGUGCACUGAGGUCCUGGAAUGGUAACGCCUGCCACAGGCGGUUCCCCUUUGUCUGCAAGAUCCCAUCUCUGAGCAUUCACUAA